GAUGGGGGUAGAGCGGGCGGGGAAGCCCCAGACCGCGUCGGAGGCGCUGACUGCGCUCUGUCCGCACAGGGUCCCACGCUGCCGGUCGCAGGCCCCGCGCCGCCGGUACCCGCUGCCUGAGGCCCGGCCGGCCGUGCCGCUGUGCUUGCCCGCCGCCCGCUGGGAGGGCGGCUCCCCCCGCAGCACGCCUUGGGCCCGCCGUGCCGGGCCGCUCCGCAGCCCCGUCACCGUGAGAAUCGCCCCGCCGGCCGUCGGCGUCGCCCGCUCCCCGGCUCUAGAACAGCUGGUCUCGCCUCUGGCCUUCCCAGCCACCAGCAGCCCUGACCCAUGUGCAAAGGAGACUGUGCUGAAUGCCAUCAGGGAGAGCAGGAAAAGGGCUGUGGAGGAGGAGGACCACCAGACUUUUGGGAAUGAUCAGGAGAGCAAAAGAAGGCGCCACGACAGCAGUGGAAGUGGGCAGUCAGCAUUUGAGCCACUGAUAGCCAAUGGUGCCCCUGCUUCUCUUAUACCCAAGCCAGGCUCUCUGAAGAGGGGCCUCGUCUCACACUGCCCAGAUGACUGCUCCAACAAGAGGUCUCGCACCUCCUCCAUGAGCUCCCUCAACAACACCUAUGCCAGUGGGAUCCCCAGCUCCAUCCGCAAUGCCAUUGCCAGCUCCUACAGCUCUAGCCGGGGCCUCACACAGCUGUGGAAGAAAAGAGGUGUAAGCGUGUCCCCUCUGUCCAGCCCAGCAUCCUCCCGCCCUCAGACACCAGAGUGGCCUCUCAAGAAAGCCAGGGAAGAGGAGUCACAGCGUUCCAACGCUUCCACCCCAGUGAAAUCAGACAAGGAGCUGCAGACAGAGAAAGUUGUGGAGUCACCAGUGUGGAAGAAGCAGAAUUCCCUGAGCCCACCAUCUGCUUCGGGGAGCAGCGGGAAGCGCAAGCGGAAGAUUCCGUUGCUGUCAUCUUUCCGUGGAGACCAGCUGAUGCUGCCCCCACCACCUCAGCUGGGCUACUCCAUCACCUCAGAGGACUUGGAUGCAGAGAAGAAGGCAGUGCUGCAGUGGUUCAACAGUGUCUUGGAAGACAAGGCUGAUGCAGUCCCCAGCACCACUGCAGAGAUGAUGCCUGUGUCCAAGCCACCGGUGUUUGAUGUGACCUCCCCCGGGCCUAUGCCUGCCUCCACAGCUCCUGCCCUGGCCAGUUCCUCACUUCUGGACAGUCUGAAGAAGAUGCAGAGCAGCCAGGCUGUAUCCACAACACCAGACUCCACUGGAACUGUGGCAGCAUCCCAACCAUCUACGUCAGCUGCACAGCCACCUGCUUCUUCUGUGUCAUUGGAGUCAAGCUCUCUGCCUGCCAUCUCUGCUGACACCAAGCCUGUGCCUGUACUGAGCACACCUUCCCCCAGUGCUCCCCGUGCCCUGGUGGUGCAACCCCCCAGCAGCCUGGCCCCUCCUGUGCUCACUGAGCUGGGCCAAACCCCCAGCAAGCCUCCCUCCUUCCCAAAGCCAAGCAUCCUAUUCGGGAUGCUGAACACCCCGCCAGCCAGCCAGCCGGCAGUGACUUUGGCCACUGCUAUGCCCACCACGGCCACUGCUACACCCACUGCUUCCACUGCUGUGCCCACCCCACCCACUGCCGUGUCCACCACAACCCCCAUCUUCAAGCCCAUCUUUGGUGCUGUGCUGAAGAGUGAGAACACAGCAGUCUGCACGGCUGUCACUUCCACCACAGCCACCAUGCCUGUAAGCUCAGGCCCUGCCUCAAUGUCCUCCGCAUCCUCCAUAUUCAAGCCCAUCUUCGGCAGCAUCACUGCAGCUUCAUCUCCAGCGAAAGUCUCUCCUUUCGCCUUCAAACCCGCAGCACAGUCAGCCUCAGAGCCGACAACUGCCUCCACAGCUCCUGUGGCAGGAAUCUCGGGUCUUCCCAACGUCAUCUUCACCACUGCAGCUACAACUGCCAUUACCCAGAGUUCCUCCACGGAUGCCGCCAUUAAACCUGUCUUCAGCUUUGGACCAAACCCGCCUGCUUCCACUGGCCCUGCUGCCAGUGUGACUGUCACUGCUGCAACCUCCACCAGCACAACACAGCCCUUCCUGUUCGGGGGCCUCUCCAGCUCUGCUCCCAGCACAGAAACCAGCUUUGCCCCCUCAGGGCCUGUGUUCCAGUUUGGGAAGCCACCUCCAGCUGCAGUCACUGCCACCACCAGUGUCCCAGGAGGCCCUGCCUUUGGCCAGGUACCUUCAAACUCAACGGUUGCUGCCACCACCAUGGGCUUUAGCAUAUUUGGGAGCACUACACUGACCACCUCUGCCCCAGCCAGCACAGCUCAAGCACCACUGACAUUCGGCUCCUCCGUUUCAGCUUUUGGCAGCUUUUCAGCCAGUGUAAAGCCACCGCCACCAUACCCUGGCACUGGGGGCCAGCUCACCUUCAGCACUGGGGCUGCUGAGAGCCAGGUGCCCACCAGCAAGCCUGCUGUUGGCCCCAUCAGCUUCACCCCCCCGUUCAGUUUCGGAGCCCCCCCGGCACAGUCGGUGGCUCAGUCAGCUUUUGGCAGUGGUGCCCAGCCAGCCUUUGGCACAACCAGUGCCCAGGGCUCCUUUGGCACCAGCAGCACCCAGGCAGCAUUUGGGACCACCACCUCAGUGUUCUCUUUUGGAACAGCCACGUCCACCACAUCCAGCUUUGGUGCUACCACCCAGACCACAAGCAGCAGCACUGGUGCCACUGUUUUUGGCACCACCCCAUCUCCAUUUACUUUUGGGGCCAGCACCCAGCCGGGCCCCUCCGCCAGCGCCUUUGGGAUGGGUACGCCGGGCCUCAGCAGUGGGUCCCCAGCCGUGGCCUUCAGCUUCGGGGCUGGGCAGGGCGGGGCAGCCCCGGCAGCAGCACCCUUCGGCUCAUCUCUGCUGCAGAGUGCACUGGGAGCGCAGGGCCAGAGCACGCCCUUCGCCUUCACCAUGACCAGCACUCCCAACAGCAAGCCUGCGUUUGGAGGAGCUCCAGUGCCCACCUUUGGGCAGGGCACACCUGUCCCUGGAGCCGUGGGCAGCGGAAGCGGCACCCUUUCCUUCAGGACACCCAGCACUCCUGCCUCAAGCUUUGGAGGAGUCGGCACUUCCUUUGGUUCAUCCACUCCCGCCUUCUCCAUCGGGGCAGGAUCCAAGAUGGGCACUCGCCAACGGCUGCAGGCACGGAGGCAGCACACCCGCAAAAAGUAACCCUAGUGCUGCUGGGCUCCACUGGCUCACGUGUGGGGGGCUCUGGACUGGAGCUGUCCCUGUGGUGGGACCAGGCCCCAUCCCUGACACUCACUGGAUACCAUGCUGGGACAGGAUAAGCCAAACGCUUUUACUUGAACAGUUCCAGAGCCAAGACUGGAUAAAUCUGUGUACAUAUCCA